AGCAUUUCCCCUCACUGUUAAAUUGGUUGACAAAAUAUAAGAUUGUCUGUUGGCAAAAACAUUUUUGUCGUAUUUCUUCUUUUUUUUUGUGUUAAUUGUAAUCCAAUAUUGUUUAGAUGACUAGCAGGAGGCCCUUACAUUCGCCGAGCGAAGUCAGCGCCUCUAGAUCUCCUAUACCUAUAUAUUCAAAAGUUGACAAAACUUCACGCCUGUUAAAUGCUGAGGAUGAAAACAGUUCAAGUAGCGAUGAGGAAAAUGAAUUUGUGGAGUCGGGAGAUGGAUCCGCGUCCACAGACGAGACCAAUACAGAUACACAAGCAGACGUGGUGCGGCUUGACAGUGGCUCCACUCCAGAAAAAACACACAAUCGACCGGUUGCCCCCAUACCACAGAGGUCAGAGGCAAAAGAAAAACCUAGGCAGCAGUUGGCAAAAUCAGAGAACGUUCAAAAAUCUGGCUUAAAUAUCAAAUUAAUUGCAUAUGCAAUUCUGAUUAUACUACCAUUAAUUGCUUGCACUCGAUUGCUGAAACAGGAGCCACAAAUGAAACGCUGUGAAUUUGAGAAGCUGCGCCAACGGGAGCCAUUACAGUCGUCGGAUGUGUGGAAGACACUCACGAUCAACAUUGAAUUGCUGCUGAAUAAGAAGACCAAGUCGCCCAAUGUCUACCUGUUGCUGCACUCGAACAAGAGCAGCGAACAUCGGAUACAGGGACUAGUUCAGGACAUUGCCUUGGAGACGUCCAAAUGUUUUGAUGGCCAGCGACCUAUUGAAAUGGGCCUGCAGGAUUUCGAAACGAAACAUGGCGAUGACUACGGUUAUCCCAUUGAACAGUACAAAAAGAAAAUUAAAGAAGGCAACGUUUUUCUCAUAGUCAAUCUUAACGAUAUACCCCCAAAAGCGGCACGUGCUCUGCACACGAUUUGCGACACGUACAGUCCAAUUGCUCCGGAUGUGGUCAUCUUUCUAACGCUGCGCACACAUCAUGAAAUCGCUGGCGCAACACCAACGCAACUGGCCUAUCAAAUGCUGCACGAACUGUGGCAGCAAAUUCCAGACAACGAAUUGGAUCCCUUGAUAACGCGUGUCAUUGAUCAAGUCGUCCUGUUGCAAGGUUAAGCUUAGGCUUUCAUUUAUUAUUUGUAAGCAAGCAGUGUUUGACUGUAACAAGCGUGCAUUAAAUAUAUUUGUUGUAUAAUAAGUAUAUAUCGUCGCCCGUCAAUAAAACCUAUUCCAAACUA